AUGAUUCAACAACUGAGCCCAGUCCCAGCUCUUCCCAAACCCUUUGGCCCACACAAAGUUGGCACCACAGAAUGGGAGAUUCCUGUCUCUGAGAUCCCGUCGCCAUCGCCAACUCCAGAGCCUCAAAUCACCACCAUAAAAUUUCGACUGUUUUAUCCUACAACGCCAAAGGCAAAGUCGAAGACUUCUGUUCCCUGGCUCCCAACACCACAAAGAGAAUGGAACCAGGCUUAUGCAUCUUUCCUGGGCGCGAGUCCCCGUGUCUCAUCCCUGAUCUCUCUCAUACCUUUCCUGAUCAAUAUGACCAAUAUCCCAGCGGUAGCUGAUGCGCCUCUGUUGCAGAAGGACACGUCGUCCAAGUAUCCCUUGGUGGUCUUUUCGCAUGGGCUAGGAGGAAAUUUCAAUGCCUAUAGCGCAGUAUGCGCAGCGCUGGCCAGUUUUGGGAUCGUGUGCGCAGCCCCCGAGCAUCGCGAUGGCAGCGCCCCUAUUUCACCCAUACGCUCAGCUGACGGCCGCAAAUCCACCGCAAUCCCAUAUCAAAGGCACCCUCAUGCUCCCACCACCAAGGUUCUUAACGCUCGCAAUGCUCAGCUGAGGAUACGGUUGUGGGAGUUGGAGCACUUAUUCACCGUCUUGAGAAGUUUUAAUGAAGGCAAGACUUUCUCCAACUACGCUGCAGUGCGGAGCAAAUCGAAGUCAAGCUUGUCGUUGAAAGACGCUCUGGACCUACGACCUGGCCACGUAACAUGGGCAGGCCACUCCUUUGGUGCCUGUACCAUGGUCCAAUUCGUGAAAUCAGUUUAUUAUCACGAAUUCCUACCCUCACUCAAAGGUACCGAGUUCGAAAAUGACCUGGACUGGCGUCCUCUCUACAAGCCCGCGGAUAAUAGCGAGCUGGUUAGGCAGAUCACGCCAGACUCACCCCUCACUUUGCUCGACCUAUGGGCCAUGCCUCUGCGCGCCGGUCUGACAAAAUGGCUCUGGGAAAAGCCUCUGCCAUGUUACCACCGCAGAUCGGUCGACGGCGAACGUCAUCCGCCUACUAAUGUCGUGGCCAUCAUCUCUUCCGAAUUCUACAAGUGGCCUGAGUUGCUGAACCGAAUGAAGGCCGCACUGUCUGCGAGUCCCGCCGAGGCCAUGUACACCCUUGAGAAACGAGAAGCUGCUCGGUCUGCCAAGCCUCAGCAGCAGUCGGAAUCGCAGCUGCUGGCAACGCCUGGGGACAAGCUUGCGCCUGAUGUGCGUGAGACCGAGGUCACUUCACGUCGAGGUUUCGAGGUCAAUCGGGCUGCAGAUCUAGAUUCGGAUGACGGGGAUGAGCUCUUUGUGACACCUUUUGCUACACCUGGGGACGAAUUUUCGCUCGACAGGAUCAUGACAAACAGAGGUAGCGGGGUGGGAUCAUGGAGAGGAGGAGGGUCGGAGGCCCAAGACGUUGACCUAGACGUGGAAAGAGAUAUCAAUGAACAAUCAUUGAGAGAGGCGAUCAGGGUGCCACUGCCGGAUUCAGAACCAGAAGACGAAGACGAAGAUGUCCCUGGGAGCAUCGAGCUGGAUUACUCUCAAUUGGACCAAGAGGCAGAGGCAGACUCAGACAGCACCUCUCCCUCCAGGUCGUCUACCUCUAGCAAACCCACUCCUUCUUCAGCCUCGCCGUCAGAUUCCGUGUCCUCGCUAUCAACGCCCGCCUCAUCAAUCCAGUUAAGCCGCACCUCUUCCCCCUCCCCCACUUGCGAAAGUGUUUCUAGCACAACCUCAGCCUCUGACAGCGAGGUCAAGGCCUCAGCUAGCUCCCCCAGCGCAGCUGAAGAAGAGAUCGACAAGUUCGACCUCUCCUUCUCCCCCUUCUCCCUGCUGCCACUGGAUCUCCCAAAAUUGUCCGUCGUUCCGAACCCCAAUACGCCUUCUCCCUCAGAUCCACACCUCUACCUAAUUCCCAACACCGCCCACUUGUCACAGUCUGAUUUCGGCGUGCUCUUCCCCAACCUGACGAGGUAUCUCAUGAACGCCGAAUCGCCCGUUGAGACAAUCAGACUGAACGUCCGGGCGAUGUUGGCCGUCAUGAGAAACAUGGGUCUAGACGUUGAGGCGUACCGCGACUACUGUGUUCGCGAGAAGAAAAAGACCCAAGCCCACGCUCGGCGAGGAACAAACGACAAUUCCGACUUCGAUGAGAUCUCCGGAGUGGAUCCGAUUCUCACGGAGCGGUGCAACGAGGAGAGAUUCCUGAGGGUCGAUAUAUAUUGA